AUGUUUAAUUUCGGGGGUAAUACUGCUGCUACUUCUGGUUCUGCCACUUCGGGUGCUGGUUUAUUUGGCGCCAAGCCUGCAGCAGGUGGUUUUAGUUUUGGUAGCAAUUCCAAUGCGUCUCAAAAUACUGGUGGUGGUUUAUUUUCUAAUCCAUCUAAUACAACAGGCGUUCAGGGCAAUACAGGUGGUGGGUUAUUUGGGAGUAUGCAAAAUACUCAAACGGGUACGAAUGGAGUGAGUUUGUUUGGUAGCGGUUCUACAACGCAAACGGGGACAGGUGGUGGUUUAUUUGGACAGAGUAACAAUAACCAGAAUAAUUCGGCAAUUGGGGGUGUUCCAGCUGCUCAGGGACAGCAAGGUAAUAUGGUGGGUGGAGCUGUAGGUGCUGGUAUUGGUGUUGGUGGCGGUGGUGGUGGCGGUGGUGCAUUGUUUGGACAAUCUUCUAAUCCAUCUCAAAAUCCCCCUUCUCUAACAGGGUUGUUUAAUAGUCAUCCAAAUAGCGGUACAAGCACCCUCAACCAAAAUUCUGCCGUUGGUGGCAUGAAUAAUGGAUUAUUUGGGUCUAACAUUGGUUCAAACAACAAUAAUUCUAACUCGGGAACGUUAUUUGGCCAGAAUAAUGCUCCUUCCAAUACUGGGACUGGUUUGUUUGGCCAGAACACCAUAUCUGCACAAACAGGUGGAGGUAUGUUUGGCCAAAAUAACGCAUCUAUGCAACAGCCGCAGCAACAAUCCUCAGGGUUGUUUGGCUCAACAGCACUGAGUAACACGCAGCCAUCAUUUGCGUGGUCCCAGCAGCAGCCUUCAAAUCAGUCUGUGAAUAACAACCAACAGCAACAGCAGCAACAGCAACAGCAACAGCAACAGGAGCAACAGCAACAACAACAGCAACAACAACAACAACAACAACAACAACAACAACAACAACAACAACAACUACAGUUUCAAACGCAGAUGCAAAUGCAGAUGCUGCAUUCAAACUACCCCCAACAGAUUCAAGAACAAAUAUUAAAGUGCAGAGAUUCAUGGGACCCAAGUAGCCAAAGAUCUAAAUUGAGAACUUUUGUUUAUAACAAGUGUAAUGAGACCGAAGCGAUGCUGUAUACCAAACCGUCAAAUGUAACACAGGAAGAUUGGGAUAAAGCGCUUACGAACAAGCCUAAUGCGAAUGUGAUUCCUGUUGAGGUCAAGGGCUUUGAAGAUAUAAACCAGCGCCACAACCUUCAGAGGGAUCAUGUCGCCCAAGCACGAAUCAUUCUUUCACAGAUCUUAGAAAAGUUGACCAAUGUUUCCCAAAAGCACGAAUUGGACACUGCCGCAAGAAUCCUCAAAGCCCAAGCACGGAACUCCAAAAUCCAACAUCGUAUUAUGAGACUGGCUACACAAAUUGCUGUCCUGAAAAAUAAAGGCCUACCAUUGAGCGUGCAAGAAGAAACAUUGGUAUCUGAAUUUAGAAAACUCUUGGAUCGCAGCAAUGACCCAUCAGGGUUAGGCAAAAACAACGAGCUAUGGGCCCGUCUAGCUGUACUCAAAGAACGUGUCAGAACUCUCAGCAACCAACUUGAUAGCACCUUAGUUGUCAUUGCAGAAAAUGGUGGCGGCAAAACAACCUCUUAUGGGUCGAUCGACGAUCACCACAUCGACGGAGACGAAAGACGUGUUGAUGAAGAAGUCUCUAGUCGUGUAAACAAAAUUGCUGACAUCCUAGCCAACCAACAACGCGGCUUGAUUUACUUGAAUGACGUUCUAGACAAAGACAUGCAAAGUGUCGAUAAAUACUUCAAAAAAUAA